AUGAUGUCUGAACGAGCUAAGCUUCACACAGCCUUAACUUUUUUACAAUUCUGUCAUGCAGGAAAUCAUAUAUUUCUCAUAAUUGCACUCAAUACAGGAGUCAGCAAGCUUGUUUUUCCUGUCUAUAGAAACAUCACUGCUUUCAUUCUUCUAGCUCCGCUCGCAUAUUUCACUGAAAAGAAAGAUAGGCCACCAAUAACCAGUUAUUGUUUGUUACAUUUUUUCCUACUUGGACUUGUAGGAAUAACUAUGAAAGAAGGAUUUUACCUUGUGGGUUUGGACAAUACAUCGCCAACAUUUGCUUCUGCUAUGCAGAAUUCUGUUCCUGCUCUUACAUUUCUGAUGGUUUUGAUACUAAGAUACGAGAGGUUGCGCUUAAAUAGGAUAAAUGGUAUUGCUAAGAUUCUUGGAGUAGUUGCUUCUGUUGGAGGAGCUUCAAUCGUUACCCUUUACAAAGGACCAACAAUUUAUGCUCCAGAAUCAUGUUUAGCAGUACAUCAGAGACGGUUCUUGUUUCUAUUUGAGAAAGCUAAUGGGAAAAUUUUGGGCUUGGGUGGCAUUUUUCUCUUUGGUCAUUGUUUGAGUUGGUCUGGUUGGAUUGUGAUGCAAGCAUUUGUUCUGAAAAAUUAUUCAGCACAACUCACUGUUUCUGUGCACAACUCUUAG